UUCAAUUUCACGUUGUGUGAUUUUCAAUUUGAAGAAAUUGCAUCUGACAGUACUGUUGCCAAAAUGUAUAAAGUCACUGGCUUUACUAACACCCGAUUCUAUGUUACUACUUAUAGGAAACAGAAAGAGGCUACAGUAGUAUCUAACUCUAGCACAUCAUCUCAAGAACCGGUGGAUGAUGAUGUUACGAGAAAUACGUUUUUCGUAGAAGAAUCCGAGAAAGAAUCUCCUGAGACUAUCACGCCAGAAGCAAGUACAACGCUGGCAUCACAUACAGAAUUCCGAUUGGACCAAUCAUUUUAUACAUCAUCAGAUAGCGAUAACGAAAAAGGAGCUGUUACUGAUCAUAAUCACCUUGAAGUCUUACAAUUCAUUGACACACCCAUUGAAGAUAUCCCGACUGUUAGCUUUGACACCAAUUUUGAUAUUGUCACCACAAACGAGGUACUAGAGGACAUUUUUAAUAUUAGUCAAGACAGUUCACCGGCACUUAUAAUAUUGCACAGGGACAACUUGUUAGAAGAACUAAUCGAGCAAUUUACUCCAUUAUCAAAGCUACAAUCAGAAAUAUAUUUAUCUAAUGGUGAACUAGAAAAAGCUGCGGACAUAGGCGUUUUUCGGGAUGUUUUGUCAGAAUUUUGGGACGAAUUCAUGAAUAAGCUAACGAUGGGAACACAUGCUAGGAUACCUUUUCUGAGACAUGAUUAUGAUGGAAGGAAGUGGAUGGCUGUAGCUAAAAUAUUAGCAAAAGGGCUAUUGGAGGAAAACUAUUUGCCCGUACAAUUAUCAAAAUCCUUCAUCGAGUGCUGCAUCUUUGGCGAAAACAAAUCAAAUACCAUAGAAGAUUUUUCAAAGUAUAUUUCAACCAUGGAUUCAGAAAUAAUUGCAGGUGCGAUGCAAAACUUCCACGAAGUGGACUAUUCGGAACUUCUUGAAUGUCUAGACAGUUUAGACUGCAAAUGGCAACCGAAACAAGAUAAUAUUGGGAAGUUGAUUAAAGACUUGGCACAUAAGGAAAUCAUUCAGAAACCAAUGUUCAUAAUAAGUCAUUGGCGUUUAGUUCUGGGGAAUAUAAUUCCUUUCCAACAAUUGGAAGAAAUCUAUGAGAAUCAAAAAAAUUUUGCUAAAAACGUUUUGAGAAUUCUAGAUUUUGAUGAGAAUAUCAAAGAAGAUGAGAAGAAAAUGGCAGGAUAUCUUAAGAAAUUCAUCAGAGAAGGGGAUGAUAAGCUCACAAAUCAUCAGCUCCAAGCAUACAAAAGUAUUUGCGCAGCUGGCAACGUCUGUGUAUGCCUGGACAGUACUGGUAGUGUUGUGAGGAAACUGAAAGAGCCAAGCUUCAGGAUUCCAAGACAUAUAUUUCUUCACGCUAUCGCGGUUAAUACUACCUCUGGACAAUUUACAGUUGCACAUAUGUUAUCGGAAAUGUCCCACACAGUAGCUUUGGAGACAUGGAUUAAAAUGUGGUUUCGUUCAGGAGCACCAAUUCCAAAUCAAUGUGUAACUGACGAUUCGAGAGCGUUAUUGAAUGCGGUAGUAAGAAGUUUCACAGCUUUACCAUCAAUAGAGGACUAUGCUGAUGCUCUGAAGGAUCAUGAGCAAAUCAAGGUUUACAUUCGAAUAGAUGACGAAGAAUCAUUUUUGGAACUCUGCAGUACAACUGAUGAGGAAUAUAAAAAAACUCAAUUGGAGGAACAAGAAAUCAACGAUGUAGAGGCAAGUAAGAAUAAAAUUACUUCCAACCUGUGGACGAAGUGGGCAGAAUCUUUGAACAACUCGAUGAAUAUAUCGAUAAAGGAACAGGGGGAUCGUGAAAAUGCUCAUUUUGUUGCUGAGCAGAAGCUAGCUUAA